CUAUUUUUGCUCUGACAGUAAAGUUUGUGCCUGCUUUACUGCUCCCAGGCUCCUCCCUAUCGGUCUGAUCUUUAGUGUUUGAGUCACUUAAACAACAGACAGACCAAAGUCAGGGUUUGCAAGGAAGGGAGAGAAAAAUCCAGCCAACCGCGGAGAGGUUUUUCUCUCCUGCUCCUUUGCACGCGUGUGCGUAAAAGCUCCGAGUCUGGUGGGAUACAGCCAGAGAGGAGCCAGAGAGGAGGAAGUUGGAAGGAGGGACCAGAGCAGCAGUGGCGUGGUGCUGCCUGAGUGCUGGGAGAGAGGAGCAGAGCUCAGACGCUUCCAGCUCUCCUAUAUCCACAGAUCUCUUCAGUUUACUUCAGUCCCUGCGCUUUGUUUCCCCCAAAACGCAGGAAUGCGCGUAAAGGGACGCACGACUCCUGCGUUGCUGCUGCGUACCAGCGAGUCAGACAUGAGUUUUUAAACACGCAGCGGUUUUAACAGGGUGGAAACACCUUUGCUGUCAAUGUCAGCACAGGUAGUGAAGAGGAUCCCGGAAGAACACGUCGUGCAGGUUACUGGUUUGUUUGCAUAGCCUGCGCUUUUUCUCCAAAGCGAUCGACCGCAGAUGGACUUGUUUCCUUAUUCCAAAAGUAGCUGUUACCUUUUCUAGUUUUUGAUUUUUGUAACUGAAAGUAAAUAAGCGGAAAAGAUGAAGGAGCUGGGGAAGAAGAAGCUGUACGUGGUGGUGGACGUGCUCUGCGUUUUAGUUGCGGCACUGCCCUUCAUCAUUAUGACCAUUGUGUUCAAGCCAUAUGAAAGGGGCAUCUACUGUGAUGAUGAGAGCAUCAUGUACCCAUUAAAACCAGACACCAUCACCCACGGCAUGCUGGCGGCCGUCACCAUCUCCUGCACGGUCAUCAUUAUCUCCUCUGGAGAGGCGUACCUGGUUUACAGCAAGAGGGUUUACUCUAACUCAGACUUCAACCAGUAUGUAGCCGCGCUCUACAAGGUCGUGGGCACCUUCCUGUUUGGGGCAGCCGUCAGCCAGUCGCUGACCGACCUCGCCAAGUUCACCAUCGGCCGUCCGAGGCCUAACUUCAUGGCUGUAUGUGCCCCCAAGGCCUGCACGGGAUACAUCGCUUUGAUCAACUGCACAGGCAAACCGCAGGACGUCACCGAGUCAAGAUUGUCCUUCUACUCUGGUCACUCCUCUUUUGGGAUGUACUGUAUGCUCUUCCUUGCACUUUACGUGCAGGCCAGACUGGUGGCUAAGUGGGCUAGACUCCUCCGGCCCACAAUCCAGUUCUUCCUGGUAGCCUUCGCGGUGUAUGUGGGUUACACCCGCGUCUCUGAUUACAAGCACCACUGGAGCGACGUGCUGGUGGGGAUGCUGCAGGGAGCGCUGAUCGCUGUGCUCAACGUGUGCUUCGUGUCAGACUUCUUCAAGAAGCGUCCUCCACGUUGCACGAGGCAAGACACCACCGAAAGCGAGGAGCCGGAGAGGAAACCCAGCCUGCAGAUCGUAGACUCUGAGCACACCAACCAUUACAACUACCACCACAAUCCUGGCCCUGUGUGAUAGUGGGGGGCUGACGCUGGGGGGAAGAAAGGCUGCAGCCUGCAGAUCCCAAACCUGUGUGAUGGGGGUCCAACCCAGGGGUCUUCAACCGCCAUCGACUCUUUGCUGGAUGAGAAGUUCUAUGACUAUGAAAUGUUAAAUCUUGGCUACAUGUGUUCCGGUCUACAACCAGACCUUUGUAUCUCUGUUUGAAAGGAGUAAAGUUCGGGAUCUGGUCUGUAGCUUGCAGCCUUCAAGCCCCCAGCUCUCUCCCUCUCUCUCUCUCCAUACGUAUCAACCACUCACACCCCCACCUGCUCCCCAACCACUGGACUGACUGAGGGGGCUGCGUCCCAUCGCCAGGUCUCUGAGCCCCCUGUUAAAGGCGCCGCGAUGACGUCCUGCUCUCCUGUAAGAGAGAGAGGAGCCUAUUGUUUGUAAGACAUCGUUGUGGAUGUUCAAGUGUAUUUGCUUAAAGCUGCAUUGAGGGAAAAGAAAAACUCCAAACACACAGCAACAAAGCUAUGAUAUAUAGUUGCCUAAUGAAGUGCUUGUGGCUACGUGUUAGCAGACAGGCGACACAGCAGAAGCAGAGAAACCUAGACGUGCCAAUUACAGCCCUUUUCUGGCCAUCGGAUGAAUGUAAGGCAGAUUUUGACUUUGUGCUUAUACAUAUAUCGGCCCAACAACUUCCUCUCCUUAGCCAUGUUGCAGGAAGUACAGCUGCCUAUAGUUUUCUAUGAAGUGUCAAUAAGAGCAGUUUGAAUCUGGAAGUGCCUUGGGAUACCGUGGGCUUGGCUGUGGCAACUCAUUUUUUACACUAAUAUCAAAUAUAUCGCUUAAUGGAGCUCUAAUGUGUUUUGUAUGUAUGUUUUUUAAUUUUCGUUUGGUUUGUUUUUCGAGCACCUUACGCUGGUCACUCGCCAGUAAGCAAAUCGUUGACAACAGCUCACAUUGGAUGAGCUCAUUUUCUCGCAGACUGAGCAGCUGCAGGCCAUCCCAGCGCUGCUUUAACACAAGAGGUAUAUCAAUCAAACCGACAUGACAUGCUAUAAGCAUCACCUGGAGAUAAAUCCAUAGAUCUGAAAUAAGAUGACAAUAGGCUCCUGCCAGCUGUUUUAAGUGCCACACUAACAGAUCUGGUGUAAACCAUAAGCUCUGUCUCAAUUCACGGGCUGCAUCCUUAGGAGGCUGCAUUCGAAGGCUGAUUGCAUCACAGCGGUACUUUACUGUCCCAUUUCGAAGGCUCCUUCAAAUAUGGCCGACAAAUGUUUCCUUCUAUCCUCGAGAGAGGAGGGGUCCAACGGGUGUUCUCUAAUGCUUGAGUAUCACGCCUCAACUCAGAACAGCUAACGUGUUAAAAAGAAGGGCUUUAGAACUUUCUCGUCAUGUCCAACUUCAUCUCCGUUGCUGGGCAACAGCAAUAGGGUGGGACGAGCUGGAGACGCUGAUCACAGAAAGGAGACCAAACCAUGUCAUUUCGGUUCGGCCUUCACAGUCAACGGAGGUGGAGGUGGUCUUUGUGCAGCCCCUGCAUUGAAACACAGCAAUAGAGUUGAUAUGGAUGGAUGAAGCCUCUCCACGUCCUCCCACUAUCCAGAAACGAAGCCAAAAUAUCCCCGAUCAGGAUAUUGUAGCGAUCAAGGUAUUGAAUCGCGGUAACAAGCUCCCGCCGACACAAGCAUUCGACCAAUCGUGAGUCAGUCCAUGUCAAUCAUUGUUUUUAUUGCAUCAAAUAAAACCAAACUUACAGGUUAAAUGAACACUUGAACCAACAUCAGUGUGCGAAUAACCACCUUAAAAGGAAUGUAAAACAUCUUUGAAACUAUUUAUUGGCACGUACUUUGACUUUUUAGUUUGGUCCAUGUCCCAUCGGCUAUAAUGGAGGAGGCAGGAUUUAUGACCUAUAGCGUAGUCAGCCACCAGGGGGUGAUCAAGCUGCUUUGGCUUCACUUUUUGGGAGCUGUUAAUUACUAUGACAAAGAAGUGUCUACGUAGAUGUGUCACUAUUACUGAUGUGUUCUUUAGAUCAAGUCAGUCUUUAACAGUAGACUCUGUGCAGACUGGGUCAAAUUCACCUUUAACAGUAGUGAUGCUUUUCUAAUAUGUGCAAAUUUAUAUGUGGCGUUGUGGAUUGAUAUUAUAUUUCCCCUGUGUGUUAUGGACUGCAGAGGUAGGAACCAUUGAUGCAGAAGUUCUGAUGAACUUAAUGCAUCAUACCACUACGACUAUACUGCCAAUCACAUAUUGACAAAUCUGGCCUCCUUUUUGUUCGGUUUAGUUUUUCCGCUCUCUGUCUUGUGUUUUUAUAUAAUUUCUCAAAUAAUAGUAAUCAAAGAAGGAUGAGACGACCAUUUUGAAAAUGGUGUUUAAUUUAUUUUAAAUACAAGAAGCUUCUCUAUUAACUUUAAUAAGGUUGGAAUUGCCAGCGCUGUUAAGGUUUUUUGUGCAAUCACCCUUGCUUGCCACUAUGAGCCAGAAAUACUGUACUUUCUACUAAUUCUAUGAGACAUGUUUCAUGUUCUGUGAAGGAUGUAUAUACGCUUGUAUGUUUUUUAUUUUCACAUGUAGGCAGAUUUUAAAUUCACCUGUACAGUGUGCUUUAUUUGGCCUGUGCCUUCACAGACUGGUCUUUAUUGGAGCUACCACACAAAUGGAUCCGAUUCCAGGUCCAAACGUGAGCCAGAUGCCUUGGCAGGGCUUUCAAAAUGCUGUUGUAAUGAUAAUGGGUUACAUACCCAACUGUGUUUUUGAAGCGAGUAACACAGCUCCAUUCCCACUUCAAAGAAUCGUCUACGUUCCUUUUCCCCUUCCUGUGUUGAUAGAUGGGGUUAAAUUGUGAGUAAGGUCUCCUCUGCAGUUGGAGGAACGACGACAGAUCACUCGGACCUCACAAUUGAUGGAGGGAAGAGAAAAAGAAGAUGGAGGGAGAUGGAGACCUCCACCUGAUAGUGAUUGUGAGGCCCUGAAGGUGGGCUGGGUCAAGGAGGAGGCGGGGUACUUUUAGGGGUGUGGGGUAGCCUACGGUAAACCUUGGGUCCCUGGGGACGACUACACAUUUGUAACAGAGAUUUACAACAAGAAACAGCUGGAACUGGUUGCGGUGAAGUGCUGUGCAACACCCCCACACACACACACACACACACACACACACACACACACACAUCUAAAUCAUGUGUGCGUUACUGCAUCCUGCAGACUAAUGGCACAAAUGAGGACGAGGAUGUAGGCAUUUGAUUUCCCCCGCUGGAAACCCAGGUUCUCAGCUGGUUACGUGGCUCCAUGUGUGUUUGAGGUUUUACUGGAUCGGUGUUUCCGAAUUGGCACCGGAUGACCAAUCUUUUAUGUGUCAACUUGUAGCUAUGGUUCAUGUUGUUCUUUUGUGUAUAGAUUAUAUCUAUAGUCUUUAAAUCAGAGAAUUUUAAAUAAAGAUAUAAUCCACA